CGUCAUUGAAAGGCGCCGGGCGGAGUCAGUCAGCUGCUUAGCGUCGCCGGGGGAGGUUGCUUCACUGCCUCUUUCUCUACCACCUUUUUCGCUGCCUGACUCGGACCAUCAAUUCGACCAUCAUCAUGAAAAUUUGGACAUCGGAACACAUCUUCAGCCACCCCUGGGAGACAGUUACUCAGGCUGUGUGGCGGAAAUACCCCAACCCUCACAACCCGGCGGUGGUGGGGACGGACGUGAUCGAACGCAACGUGGUAGGCGGCGUUCUUCACACCCACCGCCUCAUCAGCUCGCGGUGGGGCCUCCCGGGCUGGGCGCAGACGAUCCUUGGGGCGGACCGCGUGUGCUAUGGAUACGAACACUCCGAGGUGGACCCUGAAAGCAGAACCAUGACCAUGAGAACCAGAAACCUCACCUUCGCCAGUACGGUCAGCAUGGAUGAGCGGCUGGUCUACUCUCCCGACCCCAGCAACAACGAGAACACUGUGCUGCGGCAGGAGACCAUCAUCACGGUGAAGGGCGUCCCCCUCACCUCGUACAUGGAAAACUACCUCCUCAACAGCAUCUCCAAUAACUCCUUCAAGGGCCGUGACGCUUUGGAGUUCGUCAUCUCCAAGAUCAACCGGGAGGUGGAGGAGCUCGUGUCCACCUACAAGCGCAGCACCUCCGAGAUCUUCGACCACACCAAACGCUCGCUGGGGGAGAUCACCGAGUCGGCCCUGCGCUCUGUUGACGACAUAUCCCACGCCGCCAAGAAGUCCGUCGACGGGCUUUCGGACGCUGCCAAGAAGUCCAUCGACGACAUUUCCUGCGUCGCCAAGAAGGGAAUCGACACCUUCACACAACCCAACACCUUCGCCCAACCCAACUCCCAAGGUUCCAUGCCUAGGAUAUGAUAGCAGACAAUAUGUAGGAUUUAUUACGACAGCUGUAGUGUUACCAGCUCAGACGCCAGCGUACAAAACAGACGGAGCGGUAGAAAGGAGAGUCUCGAAAAGAAGGACGAGAGGAGGAGGACGGGGAGCACCUACGACACCUGAAAGGCCCCGCGAAACUAUAUUUUUUUGACUUUUUGUGCCGGUAGUGACUUGGAUGUGACGGUGGUGCUCCCUCGACCCCCCCUUGGGUGCAGGUAAUGUAAACCAGCACCGUAAUCCUCUAGGGACUUCCUUCCGCUGUAGUGUGUAAGGUAGGCCUACGACCAAACGGGCAUCGUGCAGUGUAGAUAUGUGUAGCCUUUGGGGCAUCUCCCGGGAGGACAGAAUGUACAGUUUUAGCGGAAAGCGACGACACAUUUCCAGUACAUUUCACAAGCUGUUGACGUCCGCCGCGCCAGACAUGAGGCUGCGCGGAGGACGUUGAAUGAGGCGAAUGUUCUUCAUGUUGAAGAUGUUGUGGGGUCUGCUCCUAGAUGAGGCUGUGUUAUCACUUCCCGUCAUCGUGGACCAUGGACGGACGGCCCACACCUGCACCUUAUGGUGGCAGGUGUGGGGGUGUGGGGGGAGGGGGGCGGGGAGGCAUGGGUCGGGAAUUACUGUGAGGCAAUGCAUUACCUGCUCAGGGCAUGACUUGGGAGACUCGCUUAGCAGUAUCAGUGGCAUAGCAUAGCAUAGGUUCACCAUGCAGCCAGCCAGUCAGCUUUAUUGUACCUCUGUAAUGCCCGGAUUUAUCAUAACCUAAGUUCCUGUAAUAUGUAAGUACUUUCUAAUCUUUUAUUUUCUUCAUUUCUAGUCCAUCCCCCAUUCUUGAGGUUGGUCUUAGGAUGAGCCUCUUCUUACUCGAUCCUUCCUCUAUUUCUAACACUUCCAAGUCUUGUUGCACUGUUCCUCUAUUCCAUUCUGACAUUUCCACAUCAUAGGAACUUAACGGUGAGGGUAAAUCUUGGAGCUACACUCUGACUAGCACUUGGUUGACACUGUCUAAACACUUGUAAUCCUGGCUGCUACCCUAACACAUGGAUUCCCACUGUGUUAGAAGGUACGCCGGAGAGCUGAGUCAAACAGGCACAGCGCACUUGCAGUAUUGAGCUAAGGGUCGUUGGCGUGCACUCAUAACUUUGGCACAUGGGAUUAUCUUCACAUGGUACACAAUAGGAACCCAUCGAGUGCUAAUUGUUAAGUUACGAACGGCAUCCGAGGAGCUUAUGCUAUCCACUGUGCUACGCUGAUCACAAAGCUAAAGAACACACAUAAUACGCUUAACCUGGUAGCAGCGACGGGCCAAAUUUGUGCCAUGAUAUAAACCCCCAAAAAUAGAUGAUAAUUAAUCUGAUCACAAAUGCUUUGAUAUAUAUUAUAAAUGGUUUGUGCGAGUGAUGAUUUUUACUCAUUUUUCUCGCUUGGAGGGACCAUUAAGAAACACGAUCCCUGCUGUUACCUGGUUAAGGAUGUGCUCUUAAACAUAUCGGUCUCUCAGUACGACUUUUCCGAGGCCAGAUUAACCGGGUUUUCAUGGGUGAUUUUCCGGUUGAAGAUGCAGAAGUAUUGGUUAAACUCACUAGCAUCACAAAACAGCCCAUGAAAACCCAGGACCUUCUACGAGAGGCUUUCCAAUGAGCGUACAAAGGCACCGAUAUGUUUAGAAAUGCAGAGUUUAUUCUUGGUGCACUCCACGUUGAGUUUAGGAGAGUGGGUGUUUAACUGGUCUUAUGUUUGGGUUAUUGAACAUUGAAGAAACAUCCACUCGGCCCCUACCUCCAACAGUACCACUUUUUCAUAUCUUUGUUGCUGUUGUUGUUGUUGUGUUGAUUUUGGUAUUUCGUUCGAGGUCGCUCGGAAGAUGUGAAUAUUCUGGGUAUUAUUCCGUCAGAGUGACCUCGAACGAACACUUUGUUUCUUUAUAUUUUUCAAGUGUUUCUAGUUGUGUUCAUUUGAGUUUUUUGCAUCCCCACAUUGAGUUAGAUUAGGAUUUUGGGGGCUAGAGGAAAAGAAAAUAAGUAUUAAAUCAGUAUCUACACUUUGAUAAGCACUAUAGAUUUGACACAGCAGAAUUGGGCCCAUUGAAAACACUAGAUUUCUUUGAUACAUCAGAAUUUGCCUCAUUUAAAACACUACCAUCAGAAUUUGGCUUAUUUAAAACACUAUAUUUCUUUGGUACAUCAGAAUUUGCCUCAUUUAAAACACUACAUAAGAAUUUGGCUUAUUUAAAACACUAUAUUUCUUUGGUACAUCAGAAUUUGCCUCAUUUAAAACACUACAUCAGAAUUUGGCUUAUUUAAAACACUAUAUUUCUUUGGUACAUCAGAAUUUGCCUCAUUUAAAACACUACAUCAGAAUUUGGCUUAUUUAAAACACUAUAUUUCUUUGGUACUUCAGAAUUUGCCACAAUGAAAACACUACUUCAGAAUUUGGAUCAUUGAAAGUACUCGAUUUCUUGGGCACAUCAGAAUUGGGCUCAUUAAAAAGCACUGUAUUGAGCUUAUUGAAAACACUAACUACAUUUCUUUGGUAUAUUAGAAUCAGCCACAUUAGAAAGCACUGAAUUGGGCUCACAGAAAACACUAGAUUUCUUUACCACGUCAGAAUCAGGCUCAUUAAAAACACUGUAUGUGGCUCGCCGAAAACACUUAAUUUCUAUACCACAUCAGAAUAGGACUCGGUGAAAACCAUAACGAACAUCUUGCCAUUAUAUUUUCUUUGGACAUAAGGAUUUUUUUCAGUCAUCUGUGUUGAAGAGGAAAAAGUUGUGUGGUUGAAGAAUAGGUUUUGGGGAUAAGGGAGGAGGGCCUGGAGGUUGAGAAGGAAAUUGUGGAGGUUCAGGAGGGAGAGACAGUGAGGCUCAAGGAAGAGGUUUUGGAGAUCAAGAAGGAAGAAAUUGUUAAGGGGGAGGAGGAGGAAGAGAGUGUAGAAGUUGAGGAGCAAGAAAUUGUUAAGGUUGAAAUGGAGGAAGAGGUUUGGAGUUUGAAGAAAAGAUUGUGGAAGGUGAAAAGGAGGAAGGGAUUGUGAAGUUGGAGGAGGAGGAGAAGGUUAAGGGAUUAUGAUGUGCAGUCACCAAAAAAGGUAUCGAACACCCUUGGGUCAGCUGAAUAGAGUUUGAGCAAAAUCUAGAGACAUGUUGCUGUAUUGGUUAGGUUGGUAUCAUAUGCAAGACUAUCCACUGGUACCCGCCUAACCAACGCACAUGUCAAUAGAUUUCACUCAGAUUUUAUUCAACCAACUCAUGGUAUCUGAUACUUUUUUAGAUGACUGUACAGUGAGGAACAAAAGUCAUGUCAUGAAAUGUGGCAAAAACCCAAGGUGACAGGCUAAAUAUGUGGUCUUACUCGAAAAAACAAAUAUAGAUUGUGUGCACAACUCAUAAAGUUCAAGCCUUGGGGCUGAGCUGGAGGCAAAACAAACCACUCUUCUUUUUUUAUCUGUUCUGCGUUGGUGCCACAAGACAGACUUUCUACCGAAAUGCCAUCCACUUGUGCAGUGCUGGGGUGUGGCAAGAUUGCAAGCAAGUUCCCCGACAAGUUGUAUUACAGACUACCAGCUACCUCCAACCUGAUAUUAACCCCAUUGCGAUGGUAAACAGUUACUAUCGUCCACACCACCCAUAUGGACCAGAGGACAACUCAAGUCAGUGCUACCAACCACGGACUGCGGAAUAUACCACAUGCUUUGCCUAUCGCCUUAGCUUGCCACAUUUCACGACACGACUUGAUCCCGGCUGAACAUCAUAAUCCCAUACAUUAUAUUUACUAGCAGAAGGCCUGACACCUUUGUAAGAGAGCCGAGGCAUUGAGGGUUGCAAGAGGCUAGAGUUCCAGCUGCAGUAUUACCAGAAAAAGAAAAUAUCUCAGCCUUGUGUUGGUAAAUAAAUAAAAUGCUGGGAGAAAAUGUGCAUACCAGCUUUUUUAUUCUUCUUGUUAUUAUUAUUGUUUUUUAUGGUGAUUGUGUAAGUGAGAGGUUGAGUUAGGGUUUUUAAUAUAUGCAGAGAAAGUCCUUGAUAAUCCACGUUCCGCUAGUCAGUCAAUCCGGUGAGCAAAAAAUCCAGUCAAAAUUUUAAAUCCCUCCCCCCAAAAGAAGGAAACAUAUGUAUACAGUUGGAAAUCUUGAAUAUAGGAAAUUAAGCUCCCCCCCUCCGGAAAAAAAGGAAAGUUGAAAUUUGGAGUGUUUGGAAAUUAAAUGGAUUACUGGACUUUGACUUGUUGUUGUUCUUGUUUGUUUGUGUUCUAACUUAUCAUGGGUGCCUAUAUAGACCUCUCUCUCGCUCUUCCUCUCGCUCUCUCUCCGUUCCUUAAGUUUUGUGAAUGUUGAUAUUAUUCUCCGAUGUUUAUUUUUCUCUCAAGUUCUGUAAAUGUCAGUAUUAUCCUCCGAUGUUUAUCUCUCUCUCUCUCUCUCUCUCUCUCUCUCUCUCCGAUGUAUUUUCCCCCAUAUUGUAACGUUUGGAAAAAAAAAAUGUCACGAAUGAAAAUGUAAGAUAAUUUUUUCCUCUUUCUUUCUUACUUUUCUCUUCCUCCUCUUUAUUCUUUUAUCUUUCCCUCUUACCUAUCUUCCUUUCUCCCUCUUCCUUCUUUCCUCUCCUCUUUAAACAACUUCCUUCUUUAUUUACUACUUGGUCUUUAUUUUAUUUAUUUAUUAUUUUUUCUCAUUUUUCCAUUGUUGGCUAUACUGCAUGGAUUUACCUUCGCUCCGCCUGUCUUAAUAUUCUUUCUGGUUUAAACAAAAAAGAAAUUAGUCUAUUUUUGUUUGUUUUUUAUCGUUUUUCUUUCCGUCGAGACAAUAAUGAUAAUAGGGUACGUUCGGUCACAGUACGUACAGAAGACUUUUUAGAAGCAGCAAAUUUUCUCUGCAUUAAUUUGUUUGUUAUUUGUUCUCUGUACAUAGUCAAGAGAUAAAUGCAUACUCAAUAA